AUGGAUCCAAACGUCUCGAUCCCUGGAUCACUGGGCGAGACCAAUGAAACGUUGGACACUUCAUUGGAAUCGCAGCUUGCCCAGGCGUUGUCUACCCUCGGAAUAGGAGAGCUCAACAUAGACAUUCGCAGACAAGUCCUGAAUCAAGUUGGCAAUGAUGUUGCCCAGGCGGUAGACUGGAUCAUGGAGAACAGCGACAGAUUAUCUUCUUGGAUGUCGGACAUGUCCUCGAAUGCUCUGAAUCACAAUCUUGUGCAGGGCGCUGCUGUCAUUACGAAAGAUGGUCAUAGUGGACGCAUCUCGCAGAUAAAUGGCGAUGGGACGUUUGACCUAGUAUUCGACGAUCAUUCGCCCCGGCUCCAUCUCUCCAGGGAUGAUUUUCUCGUCGAUGAACAUAGGGAUGAAGUGCAACUCAUUGAGCAUAUGCAAUCGAUGUCUGACAACGUAGAAGCUUUGAAUUUCCAACAACUUGAGGAGGAUGAUGAUGAAGACGACGAUGACGAAAUCGACAAUGAAGAACAAUCAGAAUUUGCUCCAUCAGAUGCUUCAAGGCUCCUCAUCAAUCUCCGUGACUUCCCCGAACUUGCUACCAUAUUUAUCAGCCAUGGCAACGCGUUCUCCAGCACAAGUUCGUCCCAUACGGAAGUUCCGAAUUUCAGAGUCAGCGACAGGGUUCUGCUGUCAUCCGAAGCAGGAGCAGCACACGAAAAUGUGAAGGGACCAUUACGAGUUGGAGAUAUAGGAGAAGUUGUUGAAGUUGGACAUCAAUUUGUUAAGGUAAGAAUCUGUGAUAGUCAAGCAACCUGGUGGUAUCGCAAAGCUAGUCUAGCGCUUGAACAGGAUGAAUUGAUCAAUCGAGAAGUGGAGGUUCCUUCUUUGCAAGACGACCUGAUCACUGUCUCCAAGCCGUUUCACAACUUGUCGAAAUGUUCAAAAGCUGUCCGAAGAAUAUGUGCUCUUCUCGGCUUGAGGGAUUAUGAAAUUAUUAGCAAGCUAUCUGAUUUCCAAGCCAUCAAGCAUGUCUCGGAAGCCAUAUCUUGCUGCUGCGAGCCUACAUGUCAUGCAAAUCCAUCUGCUGUACAAUAUUCCACUGCACUAGAGCUGGUGUUGUCAGCGUCUAUCUGUAUGUCGGACUUCUUGUUUCAAGACUGGAAAGAUGAUCAAAUCAUGUUCCAAGUGGGAGAUACUGUUAGUUGCAGACUUUCCGAAGCGAACGACGUGAUUGAAGGCAAAGUGACAGACUACUUGGACGUGAACGCGACUGACUCCAACGGGAAUACUCCUCUAAUCAUCUGCGUCGAGCAAGAUGGUAGCAUGGAUCUCAUUUGCAUUCUCCUUGAAUUUGGAGCACGAGUGAAUGCAACCAAUCUUGCUGGUCGUUCAGCUUUGUCAGCUGCAGCAGAACUCGGUAGGGUGGAUAUUGUGAAGAAGCUGCUUGCCAAAGGUGCAAAUUUGCAGCUUAUUGAGAGGGCGAAUUGCAAGGAAGAAAUGUUGAAAUUUCUUGACGAAUAUGAUGAGAGGCAAAGAUCUUUCCUCGAUUCGUCAGAGUUCAAGAGGAAAUAUUCCGAGUUGCAAUCACUGUACAUAAGUGAGCUGUUGCCGAAAUUGUUGAAUACGCAAUGCUCUCAAUUUUACGCAUUUAACGAUGCAUAUCACUUUGGUGUAAUUGCCAGUGUCAUUAACUGCAUCGAAUACCUCGUCAUGACUGAUUCGGGUGAACUAGCUUCUGUGAAUGUAGUAGUGCCUUGUUUCUUGAUCUGUCAGGACUUGCUUGCAAGCUCUAUUCCAAGAAAUGUGAAGGCUGGUCUUAGAUUGCUCCAAGCAAUCGUUCACCACGAUAAGAACAACGUCAGCUAUCUUGGUCGCUGGAACAUUUUACAGAUUCUUUCUGAUUUGGCCAACGCGAAGAGAUCGUUAGAUUUCAACUCAGUUGAAGAUCCAGAGCCCAGAUACUUGCAAUAUCGCAGCUCUGAACAUGGUAUCGUGAUAUAUGCCAGAAGUCUCCUGAACGACAUUGAACUGAGCAUGAGCGUGUUGUGCACAAGUCCAUACAUGGCUAAAAUGUCAGAACUGGCCUUGCAAAUCAGUUCUGGGAAUGUUGAUGGUCUCAGAAAGUUCGUGGAUCUGUUGUUGUCCCCAGAAAGAGUUACAAGUAAGGAAUUGGAAAAGAGCGGCUUGCUGAAUGCAAUGGUACAAUUUCUUCUACCAUUGGAUGAUUCGGAUGCGCUAAGAAUCAGGGCAUUCUGGGAGGUGUUCGGCUUCGACAUGCUCGAAAUGGGAGACUUGGACUCGGAGGUCGUAACAGAAGAGGAGAAGCUGGCAAGGAACCUUUGCUCACGUGCAAACAACGCUUUCUUCAUCUUCGUUCGAUUGCUUCAGAACAUCAUCUCGACCUCAGAGGCGCUUCCCGUUCCCAAUAAGUCCAAAUUUGUGGGCAAACAGGGAUUGAAGCAACUCUUCAUCCCUCAUCGCAUUUUCUUUGGACCUCUGCACAACUUGAGUGAGGCUGCGACUCCUGAUCAACCUGCCGGAGGGUUGCAGAGUGAACAGAAGUCAUGCUCAGGGGCUCUACAGGCGAAGCGGGUCAUCAAUGUCCUCGUGGAGCCGCUGACUCCGAUCUCAGAAUUGCAGCUCCACGUUCUUCGAACUUUUCCCGUCGUGGAUGCCAAGUAUGAAGCAUACUGUCAACAGCUCGUGGGUUCAAUCAUCCUGGACCGUCCCAUGAAAUGCGUCGAGCCCGAGAUUCCUUACCGUCGUGCAAUUGUCGAGAACUAUCGGAAGCUUGUUCCUAGUGAAAUCGGAGUUCAUCGAGUGAGGUACAUUGGGGCAAAUCCAGAUGUUGAAGAAGUAUGCGAGAUGAUCCUCGCUGUGCGCGACUACAAGGUGACCACUGAGAGAGCUGACGAUGAAACCAUGCGGAGAGGCAGAGAACUGUGGGAUGCCAAGAUGACGUCGACAGAUCGAGCGGAUGGAGACGAGCGGAUAUGCAGCAUUAUGAUAACUUACCCGCACGAAGCCAUCCCGCUCGAAAUCUUUGUUGAUAGCGUUAUGGGGGCAAUUUUGAAGGCUCUGCGGCAGGCAGAUCCUGGACAAGCGCCCUUCGGCAAGCAAGUGGGUGAAGAGUAUGACUUCCCCUCUAGAGGAUUUCCAGAAGGUCAGCCUGAGUUCCAGGAGCUAUUCACCAAUGGCUUGCGCGAGGAACCUUUCCAAGCUCCAGUUGCACGCGGGCAGACACGGCGAGAGGCUGACACGCUGCUUGCUCGGCUGAACGGGAUAUGUGAAGCCUUCUUAAAGGAGGAAGAGGGCAAGAACUACAUGCCAAGGAUCGAGAAAAGCGCAACUCUCAACAUCGGAAGAAGAAUUCAUAGUGCGAACAGUAGAAGCGAAGGUACGAUUGGGACUAUUAUUGGCUGUGAAAGUUCAUCGGAACGAUACUCGCUGGUUUACGAUGAUGGGGUUGUAGUUCACAAUGUUCCCAGGAACGAGAUCAAGGAUCUCAUUCGCCCCAAGGUUGAGAACCCUUUCCAAUCAGGAAUCUUUGCUGCAGGUCGAAAUCUCACAUUUGCAAUUCAGAGGCUUUCGAAUCUUACCGGGAAUUUCGAAGAGGAUGAGGGACCAGAGCCGUCGGCCCUGACGAGGAAAUUCGAAUCGUUCAUUCGCAAAGGCGACGACGCGAUUCCUAACCGAUAUGACUUCACAGAGAAGCAAGACGGUGCACUGAAACAUUCCUGCUCAAUCAAGCAGUGUCCCUGGGACCCUCUGCUCUCUGAUGCGCAAGACCCACCAACGAUCGAGAUCUCGUUCUCCGUCAACCCGCGAGAACUCGGAAUCUUCGACACCAUCACUCACUGGCAUCCGAUCACGUUGUCUUCUCAACGACGCACCUUGUACGCCAUCUCAAACAACGGGACAACAGCACGGAAGGACAGCAAAGACUCUUUCGUUGACACACUCCGCACGUCCACAGGGCUGAGCUCGGGCAUUCAUCGUUUCCGCGUGCGAAUCGACGAGGCCGCUGGAGAUGACUUGUGCAACCACAUGGGUUUCAUCGCCGGCGAUGAGUAUCAUGGCUCUGCCCUCAACUCGAACGAUUCUUGCUGCCUUGAGCUCAAUGACGGAAAGUUGAAUGUGAAUGGUCGACUCGCUGGCGCGAACAUUUCUCGCAAAGCCGUGGAGGGGGACGUCGUCAUCUUGCAGGUGGAUUUCGGCAAGGAAGAGUUUUCGGCUGGAAUAGAAGGAGAGGGACUCGCAACCAUCCGUUGGUCCUGCCCCAAGCGGCCAGUUUAUCUCGCUGUAUCGUUCAGAAGAAUAGGAUGGACUGUCACGCUGCUCAAUGCCGAAGAUAGCGGAGAGGAGAAGAAGAACUUCUCGCUUGCCCAGGAGAGUCUGACCAGGUUGGAUUGCGGCACUCCGACUUAUGUUGGCAUGCAGAGGGUUUUGCAAUCUUUCAAGUCCUCUUUAUGCAUGUCUGAUGAAAAAUCUGAGUUGCUCUCUGCACAGUAUCAGGAGGUUUUCGACCAACUCCCAUACAGACUUGUCUUUGAUUUGGACGUGAGAUUUAGCUCAACCGAACCACGGAAAGUUUACUGCAGCCCAACAAAGGAGCGGCCAGCUGCUGUUCUUGAUUCCCGUGGCUCGAACGCAGAUGACAAAAGCUUCUGGCAGAGUCUCGAACGUAAACUCUGGAAGCUUCAGUUUGACCAGCCCUGCUUGAAAGCGAUUGAGCUGCUAAGCAUUGUCUGGUACUCGAGCUUCGGUGAGGGCUUCGUUCCGCUUGUCUGGUCGGAAGUUUUCAUCAACAAGCAGCUCACCUACAAGUUGUCGGCUGUUCUGGAGGACCUUCUGCCUGUCACAUGCGGCGGAAUCCCGAGCUGGUGUUCGCUCCUCCCUCAGAUCUGUCCCUUCCUUUUCUCGUUCCAGACUCGCGAGCAUCUGCUCAAGUGCACGGCGUUUGGAACUUCGCAGACAAUCUAUGAGUUGCAGGAGCAGCGAAUUGAUCCUGGUUUGCGAAAGAGACUGCGAGAAGCCGAGCAUGCGAUUGGGCAUGUGACGGAGAUGUCGGGAGAGAGAGCUCAACGGGUUUACGAUAGGCUGAUGCACGCGCAAGAAGCGAUAGAGCGACAAAGGAUAGGAAAGCUGAAGAGCGACAUCGCCAGGGUGAGGAGAGGAGAUUGUAUCCUUGGGCAAGCUCAGGAGCUGAUGGCCGACCAUGCUGGAGUGACGAGGAAACUUGAAGUUCAGUUUGCGGAUGAGCACGGCUUCGGCUGGGGAGUGACGCAAGGGUUCUACACGGCAGUGGCAAUGGAGAUGCAACGAGCUGACGACAACGUAGAGAUCUGGAGGGUUUCCAGCCUUGAGAACGCGACGGGCGGGCCUUACCUGCAGGUCGGGUCUGAGGGCUUGUUUCCUCGACCUCUGCAUCCUCAAGAUCCCGAAAAGCCGAAGAUCUGCGCGAGAAUGAAGUUCUUGGGCCGCCUGAUGGCCAAGGCGUUUCGCGACGGCUUUCUGGUUCCUCUUCCUCUUUCUCCAGCAUUCUUCGCUGCUUUUCGUGGUCAGAAGCUGGGCAGCAAGGACCUGCCGAGCCCCUCUGCCACUGGCGGCAUAGCGAAGAGCAUGACGAGGCUGCUAAACAGGCUCGAGAUCAUCGGUAAGAGCAACCUGCCGCCGCAAGACAAGAGCCAGAGAAUCGCCAGCCUCGUCCACUCCCCCUGCACGCUGCUGCUCCCGGAGUACGUCGGCCCUGCCCUCUCCGUCGACGAGUACCUGCGAGCCAUCGACGGCGAAUGGCCGGCGUUCGUCGACCCUGCCGGAUUUGUUAAGGACCCGCAGACCCAAGAGGCGGUCGAGCUCUGCCCCAACGGCUCCAACAUUCGGCUGGAGGCGGACGAAGUGAGCGUGAGGAAGUGGGUGGAAGCCAUUGUGGACCUCUGGCUCAACGUCGGCGUGAAGGAGCAGCUGAGCGCGUUCCGAGAGGGAGUAGAGGAAGUCUUCUCCUCUCGCUCUCUCUUGCAGUUUUCUCCCAUUGAGCUUCAGCGGAUGCUCUGCGGACACCAGCUGGUGGUAUGGACGGCCUACAUCAGCGAGGACUGGCUGCUCGGAGGGAACGUGCGAGCCGAGGACGAGCGUCGAGCGCUGGAGGAGAAUCUUCAGCCCAUAGGCCGCCUGACGCGCGAGAGCAAAGUAGAGGAGCAGGUGUUCAAAAUGCUGGUAGACGAGCUGAUCUCUAUGGACAACUCCAGUCGCUCCAAGUUCCUGGACCUCGUGACGGCGAACCCGCGACUGCCUCCUGGCGGCCUCCCUCAAGCUGGCAUCAAGCUCGCUCUCCGAACAGGGUCACGGACAGUCUGGGCUCAGACAUGUGCCAAGACGAUGUAUCUACCGGAGUAUGACAGCAGCGAAGAUUUGCGAGCAGGGCUGGAGGAAGCAUUCGCCAACGCAGCUCUCGGGGGGUUCCACGAGAAGAAUCUUGGGUUGUAG